UCUGGGCGGGAGGGGUCUGGCGCAUGGAGGCGUAUCGGCUCCAGCCUGCAUUUGGGGGCGACCCGCUUCCACCCGAACAGCUUUAAUGAAAACGCAUGUUGUGUCAGUUUGGUCCCGCACGGGACCUGUAACGCGCCGCCUGCCCCUUCUCUCCCAGCCCUCGCUGGUCCGGCGAGUCCUAGGAGGAAAGGAAGGAACUCCGAAGAAGGCUGCGCAAUGCGCCUGCCCUGUCGGGGUUCUUGCGCGGUAGGAGACGCUGGGCGACGGAAUGGGGCGGCGCCUGCGCAAUAGGCAGGCCAAGUUAGCCCGCUGUGAGACCGCUGCAUUGCGCGUGCGCUGGUGGCGUGCAGCCGCUAGGUUGCGCCUGCGCAAAGGGUGGGGGAAUGUGGCUGUGCCUUGCGCCUGCGCAGUAGGCGGUGGCGAGCGGGGCCGCUACAGGGCAAAGCAUCUGUGUGGGAGGCAGGUUGGUGGGCGGCAGCGGGUUCGAGGCUGAGGGCCGGUAGGGGCGAGCCGGGCGGCGGUAGCGCCGCCAUGUUGCGGCGACUGCUCGCGGCGCUUAUUCACCCUUGUUUUCUCCCCAGCAGCGGCGGCGACGGGAGCAGCAUGUUCUACGCGGUGCGCAGAGGCAGGAGGAUCGGAGUCUAUCAGAGCUGGGAGGAGUGCCGAGAGCAGGUGAACAGGUACCCGGCCGCCAGCUUCAAGAAAUUUGCCAGCGAGGCAGAGGCUUUGUCCUUUGUGGGCAGCGAGGCGCGGCAGUCCUCAUCCUAUUCAGCAGGUACUAGUGGUAUAUCUAGUUUAACACAAAAGAGUGACAGCUACUGGAAUGAACUGGAAACAGCAAGCCCAAGUUACAGCACAUGCAAGAGACCAUAUGAGCAGUCUUCUGAGGAAGAACCUAACAAAAAACAUGUAAAAUACAAUGAGACAUACUCGGCACCUUCAGUGAGCAAAGAUAAAUUCUCAUAUAUGGGUGACUCUGUAGUUGUUUAUACAGAUGGCUGCUGCUCAAGUAAUGGGCGUCGUAAGGCACGUGCUGGAGUAGGAGUCUAUUGGGGACCAGGUCACCCUUUAAAUACUAGUGAUAGGCUUCCUGGACGGCAGACCAACCAAAGAGCUGAAAUACAUGCAGCCUGCAAAGCAAUAGAGCAAGCAAAGAGUCAAAACAUCAAGAAACUGGUUAUUUACACUGAUAGCAAGUUCACUAUAAAUGGUAUAACAAGUUGGGUAGACAACUGGAAAAGUAAUGGCUGGAGAACAAGCACAGGAAAAGAUGUAAUAAAUAAAGAAGACUUUGAAAGACUUGAUGAGCUUUCAGAGGGAAUGGAAAUUCAGUGGAUGCAUGUUCCCGGUCAUGCUGGCUUUAUAGGAAAUGAAGUGGCUGAUAGACUUGCAAGAGAAGGAGCUGGAAAACAAAACUCCUAGCAUGCUAUCAAGAACUAGGAAACUUCGUUCUUGCUAACUAAAGACUGUUUAAGCCAUAAGACAUACUCUUUUCAGUUUGAAAACUUCCUGUUGGAAUUGUUCAAAAUAAGUUAAUUUAAACUUUGUUAUAACUAUUCUUACCUUAUUUCUGGUUUAAAAAUUUUAAAUAUAUGCUGUCCUGUAUAAACACACCUACUUUUUUAGUGUUCAGGUUACUUGGUUAAUCGCUGCUUUGUUGGUAGAGGUUUACUGAACAUUCAAAUAUUGGUAAAAGUAAGGUGUCCAGUGUUUUUAGUUCCAUUUGCCACAGUACCUGUUAAUUUUUUUAGAUGUUCCAUAACUGAGAUAAAACUUUAGGUUUUACAAAGUAUAACUGUUUCAAAAAGUUUAUGAAGGGAAAUAUGUUGCAAUCUGAAUGAUAGGCGUUUUCCCUUUACCAAGAGUAUUGAAAUUUAAACUUGAGAAGUUUGUCACUGUUUUUAAGCAAAUAGUGUAGAAAAUACCAAAGUGCAAUGGCAAUUAUUUGAACUGCAUAAUCCUAUAAAACAUAACUUCCCCCACUGCACCUCCUCAAAUGCUAAUAAGUGUGUUAGCUCGUAAGAGUAUUAGGGAUGUAAAUAUUGGUUUAAAAAGUUAACUGGUUUAAAUGAUCAAAAUUAUAUCAUUUAACCGGUUAACCAUUAACCUAGAUUGCUCAGGCGGGCAGGGGCUUAGCUCCAGGUGGCCCGCGGGUCCACUCCAGACGCCCAACAUGGCCAGCCGGUCGCCAGGAUAAACGGUUAAGGCCCAGAUAACGGUAAGCCUAAUGCUUACUGGUUAACCUUGUACAUCCCUAAAUAGUAUCCGUAUAAGCUGCUGUAAAGUAUUUGUUCAUCCAGACUUGCAGAUGUAACAAUCAACAAAGCAGGCUGCAGGGAAGUAUUAGACAGGCUUCCUUUUCCAGCCACUUGAAUUUCAAGUCCCCUGUAGACUUUGCUUCCAGCUUCUUCCUGAAGCAACCUUGAACUGGCCCCUAGUCAGCUAUUGCCAUCACAACAUGGGCUCCUGAGUGACUUCAUACUGAAAACUGCCAUGUUGACUGUUACAUUGUCUUACACCUGUUCACUGAGAGUGAUUGUUUCAUACUCGAAUCCAUGCGCAUUCUGGUGACUUUCAUGCUGGCCAGAGUCUUCUCUACAUAUAACCAUAUCAUUUGACAUACUACUUGAUUCCUGCUUUUUUGCCUGCUUUUGCAAAUUUGUUCCUGUGCCACAUUUGUGUUGCCACUGUUUUUUCUGCUCUUUGUCCUGACAUGCUCACCCCCUCUCUUGCUCCACUGUUAACCCCAUUCCUGCCUCAUUUCUAUUUUUUUCUCUCUUUACCUAUCAUCUGAUUCUGCUGACCUCAUUCUAAUUGAUUUCCUUUCUUUCGGUCCUGUUCCAAACAUACUUGACUGCUCACAGUCUCUAGACAUUGCUCUCUACCUUACUCUGUUUUCAUGGUCAUUCUUCCAUAUUGGCCGCUUUUUUUUUUUUUUUUUUUUUGGCCCAUAUAUCUUACCCUCUAAGAUGCAUUUGGCUCCUGUUUCUAGCCCCUUCCCAUGCCUCUUCCUCCCCCCCCCCCCCCCCCCCCCCAACGUGCAGUCUGACUCUUCCCUUCUCCCCCUUGGUGGAAUCCUCCAUCCUGUCCUAGCUUCACUUCCUGACUCUCCCCUCUGUUUCCCCUAUAUUAUUCGAUGCUGUUUAGGUUUGUUCGAUGCUCUGACACUAAAGCUUUUCCCCUCCUUUCCUCUUUCCGACAUUCAGUAGUGGAUUGACACUUAACCAUCAACUUGGUCAUUCACUUGGCGGGUUCUGACCAUUGCCACCUUUCCUCAGCAUCAGUCAUUCCUUGUCAACCUUGAGACAUGCUGCUUAAUUCACCUUUUUGUCUUUUCCCUCGCAAUAGCAGGGGAUCCUCUAUAGCUACACCCUCUCUGUUGUAUUGCUGUCACUUUGAUCCUUUUCCCAUCUGAACUCCACCACCUCUAUGCUAGCAUUUCUAUACUUACUAAAAUUUUGUUCUUUAAAAUAUCAAUUUCUUUAAAAUCCUACAUUCUUAGAAUUAUACAAUAUGAAGAAUUAUUUUCAAAUGACAUGGGCUGUGUCUAGAUUGGCGUUUUGCCCCAAAUCCAAUCAUUGGUAUAAGCUGAACCAGUCAUUUCUUGUGUAGAUGGGCAAAGAUACUCAUUUUGGCACUUGUUCCACUUGAAACCAGGAUAAGCUCCACUGUUCAGAAUGGCUUUGCCUUCCUACGCUUAGGGAUUAUACCAUUUAAACUACAUGGAUGGCUAUAAAGGAGCAAAUCUCCACUCUAGUCAAGGCCUUUAUUAAACUCAGCUGUAGAGUUCCCUACGUGCUGUCUUGCUGAUACAUUAACAUUUACUUUCAAAUUGAGACAAUUUCUUACCUCACUGUAGGCUUUGAUGGGUAAACUGGACUUUUCCUGCAUUACAAAUCACUAUCACUGGCUGAGGUUCAGCAGGCCUGAUUAUAGCUUCAUACCUGUGCAACUGCAGUACCUCUAAAUGGAUUUACACAGGGGUCACUUGAGGAUAAUGUUGGCUUCAGAGAUGUAUUGCAGGGUUGUAUGUGGCCUGCAGAACUUCUGCUAGUGUUCAUGGUUCAACAGACAGUUUAGCUGUUGAAGCCCAGGCCUUACCAUGGUUGCCAGCUCAAAAAAAAAACCUCGAGUCCAUUUAAAUUCAUAUAAGAAUCCUAUUCUAAUAGUCACUUUGUGUGAAAAUGCAGCCUUGUGUAUUGGAGGUUUAAUUCCAGCUUAACUUUGUCAGGGAGCAUUUAUAAAAGUCUCUAAUUACAUUCAACCCUUAAUUCUCCUGGUUUAAUAAACUUUUUAUGCUUCCUUAAUUCCAAGUUAAAAGAAUAUUAUGCCUGCAAUGUAAGCACUCAAAAAUUGGGAAAUCCGAGAAUUAAGGUUGCCCGUGUAACCUUACUUUGGUUCCCUUGUGUGUAGGCAUUGGCUGUUUUUAAUUAAAUGACCAGUUCCUAAUUUUUCCGUAUGUCCCCCAUCCAGGAAAUUCUAUCCAAUCGAAUGCCACCCUGGAAAUUUGGUUGGAUUCUCUCUCUUCCUCUGCUUCAAAAUUUUUGUAUAAUGCUGGGCAAGUCACUUAAGCCACAGAAAAGCCCAUGAAUAAACAAUUUUGUAGUAGGCCUAGGAUUUAGAUGGUGGGCUGUAAAUAAAGCCAAAGCUGCACACUGAGCGAUGAAUAGAACUAAUGGAAAUAUUGAACAGCCACCUAUAGAGUGACCACUAUGUGGCAGGGAUACUGUGGCAAAAACAAUGCAAUCAUGUAAGUGAAGUCACUGUAAUAUGUACACAAAAGGGGACCAAAUAAAGAUAGAACAAUCUUAA